AUGAUUCUCCUCGGGAACCUACUCUAUGUCUCUAUCCUCCUUAUAAACGCAAUCGCCAUCCUGUCCGAAGACCGCUUCCUAGCACGCAUAAACCUCUCAUCCACCUCCUUCGACCCGGCAUUCGGCGCCGGCCCCGACUCCCAAAGCGUAAAGGCGAAAGUCGUCAACCUAAUUGCUAGCGUCCGGAUGGUUAUGAGAAUUCCUCUGAUAGCGAUCAACACUUUAAUAAUACUCUACGAGCUGGUCUUGGGUUAG